AAUAUAUUUUGGUGACAAAACUUUGAGAACAAUUUAAGAGGCUCUAAACUAAAUUUAAUUUAAAUGAUAAAACAACUUAAAAUAUGGGGUUGAGUUAAGAAAUGUAACGUUAGCUGUAUGAAUAUGAAAUUCCCCUAAGUGAUGUUUGGGACUCUUACAUGGCAACAGCGCCAUCUAGCGUCUCUUUGCAGCAGAGUCUUUCCCCCACAGCCGCAGACGGAAGUAGCCGGUGUGUCGGUGACACGUCACUGAGGUCAGACGGGAGGAAAGAUGGCGAGCACCUACGAGAGUUUCAACUUGCGCAUCACACCAGAGAAGUUCUACAUAGAGACUCUGGAUGACGGAGCCGAGGACGUCCUGGCUAUCGACAGGGUGUCGACCGAGACGACUCUCACAGUGAGGAGGGACAUCCCUGCGUCUGCAGAGACCAGGCCCAUAUGCGGACUCAUGGGGACGAUCCGCCUGGUGGCAGGCAUGUACCUGGUUGUCAUCACGAAGAAGAAGAAGGUGGGGGACCUGCUGGGCCAUGCUGUGUGGAAGGCCGUGGACUUUGACAUUGUCUCCUACAAGAAGACGAUACUGCACCUGACGGAAAACCAGAUGCAAGACAACAAGGCUUUCCUGUCCAUGAUCAACAACGUGCUUCACACAGACGGCUUCUACUUUGCUACGGACUACGACCUGACCCACACCCUGCAGCGCCUGGCCAACACCAGCCCCGAGUUUCAGGAGAUGAGCCUUCUGGAGAGGGCAGAUCAGCGUUUUGUCUGGAACGGCCACCUGCUGAGGGAAUUCAUCGCACAGCCAGAGUUACACAAGUUUGUGUUUCCUGUGGUCCAUGGCUUCAUCACCAUGAAGUCGGGCUGCAUCAACGGGAAGGUCUUUGAUUGGAUUAUUAUCUCCAGGAGGAGCUGCUUCAGAGCCGGAGUCCGCUACUAUGUCCGAGGCAUUGACUCAGAAGGCCAUCCUGCUAACUAUGUGGAAACGGAGCAGAUCGUGCAGUACAACAGCGCCAAGGCUUCGUUUGUUCAGACCAGAGGCUCCAUCCCCCUCUACUGGUCCCAAAGGCCCAAUCUCAAGUACAAGCCCAAACCACAGAUCAACAAAACAGUGAACCACUUGGACGGAUUCCAGAGACACUUUGACUCUCAGAUUAUUCUCUACGGAAGACAAGUCAUUUUGAACUUGAUCAACCAAAAGGGCUCAGAGCAGCCACUGGAGCUGGCUUUCGACAAGAUGGUGACCGGCUUGGGUAACGGCAUGAUCAAGUACAUAGCUUUUGACUUUCACAAGGAGUGCAGCCGGAUGAGGUGGCACCGCCUGCAUAUCUUAGUGGAUAUGGUCGCCGAAAUGCAGGACGAAUUUGGAUAUUUCCUGGUGGAUGCGGAUGGGAAGGAGAUGUUGACCCAGGAGGGGACGUUUCGGAGCAACUGCAUGGACUGUCUGGACCGCACCAACGUCAUCCAGAGCAUGCUGGCCCAACGCUCGCUGCAGUCACAGCUACGGAGAAUGGGAAUCCUCCACGUGGGCCAGCAGAUCGAGGAGCAGGCAGACUUUGGCAAGAUGUUCAAGAACGCCUGGGCAGACAAUGCCGACGCCUGUGCCAAGCAGUAUGCCGGUACUGGUGCCUUGAAGACCGACUUCACCAGGACGGGGAAGAGGACUCAGUUGGGGCUGCUGAUGGACGGCUGGAACUCCAUGAUCCGAUAUUACAAAAACAACUUCUCCGAUGGGUUCAGACAGGACUCCAUCGAUCUGUUCCUGGGGAACUAUGCUGUGGACGAAGCUGAUUGGGCCACCCCGCUGCGUGACACCAAAGACUGGAAGUUCCUGACGUUGCCUAUCGUCAUGGUGGUAGCAUUCUCCAUGUGCAUCAUCUGCCUGCUAAUGGCUGGUGAGACGUGGACUGAGACGCUGGCCUACAUUCUGUUCUGGGGAACAGCCAGCGUGGUGACGGGCGGCCUCAUCCUCUUUAAUGGACUGGACUUCGUAGAUGCUCCCAAGCUGGUCCAGAAGGAGAAGCUGGACUGAAUGUGUGCGUGUGGAAAGCAGCUUGGCCCUGGCGAUCUCACCGCCUCAUCCUCUGGCUCUUCGUCACUUUACCCCCAGCAUCAGCACCCGCAGGCCUGGAGCCUUUACUAACGGACGGGGUGGAGUGGAGGAUGGCGGUGGGAAGCGGGGGCCGGGCCUCGUGCGCGAGAACGGCGGAAGAGACAGGGACUGGGAGCGCACGUUGCCGGCUGCUGUCCACACUGCAGAUACUGUCAUGUGGACAGGACUGUCUGUCCGCAGUUUUACUGGACACUGAACCUCUGGAGUUUGUUCUUACUGGAUGUGAUUGUUUCCGUGAUUUCAGAGGAAUGCUGUGGGGCCUAAAUGUAAAUGUCCGCCCCAUUGAAUUACCUUAAUGGGUGUUUUGGGAUCAGUUCUUUUGCCUUUUGUCUUUUGUAUUAUUGCCAAAUAUAUGUUCAUCCAUGCACAGAUGCUCUGUCCCAGGUUAGACGCUGCCUGCUUCGAUGGUUCAAGACCAGCAACAGGUCGAUGAGCCGAUCCGGUUCCAAAGGCUCCAGGAAAUCCGGCCUUCUUUUGCGACGACUUCAAUUACACAGCCAGUGUAUAAUCAGAAGUCUUCAGUAUCCCAAAUGUCUAUUGGCGAUUUGUUGGAUGGUGCACUUUUAUCACUUCACAUGGUUGUGAAAUACGUCAGGUAUGCUGUAUAUUUAACACGCGUUUGUGAUUAUAAUCUGCGUCAUUGGUUGUUAUCAAUACACAGUGAACAAUCAUCAUAUGAGGGUUGAUCAGUUAAAAGGCCACUGCAGGCUGUAACUGAUACUGUUGAAGGCAGACACGAUCUCUACGGUUUGGAGUGAGCUUCUCACUCCCAACUCCUCAAUUACUGACGUUUGGUUGGACUCACGACGCUUCUAACCCUCUAGCGUCAGUGUUGGCCUCGGGGACAACGUGUCAGUUCCCGGUCGUUACAUGCGUACAGUAUCUUUUCAAAAUGAAAUUCCAGCGUAGGUUUACUUAUUUUGAAGGUUUACUUGUGCAACAAACUGCUUGGUUAGGUUCCGGCAGCAAAAGUGCUCAAAAUAACUACAGAUGUUACAUAACUACGGAAAUUACAAAGAAAACUACGGUAUAAUAGGUCAACAUUCCUUCAGAGGGGAUGCAAAGAUGGGUCUCCUGGGUGUAAGUCCCAGGUUUGUUUGAUCCAGACGUACUUUUCUAAAAGAUGCGUCGGUAUCAGAUGCUGAGGGGCACCGACAAAGCAGCGGUAUAAGACGAGUUGGGAGCGAGAGCGGGUUCUGCACUACAUGUUAUCUGCCAUGUGUUGUAUCAUUACAACCGACUGUAAUCGUAGGUGUCAUGGAACUUGGCGCUUUAUUUACCAUCAAUUUAUUUGUCCACAGAAACGAGUAUUAAGUGCUCUCUAUCUACUUAAUUCUUGCUCUCAAAUGAGCCAUUUGAGAGCAAGAAUAAACGGAACCUAUUGUUAAAAAGUAUUGUUAACAUUUUAACUCUUUAAAAGGGUGAAGUUGCAGGUUGGUGUAUUGAAGCGUUAGCGGCAGGCUAGCAGCUGUGUUUAGGUAUCGAGGUACCAACAUGUGUUGAGUUCAUUCCUGCAUAAUAACAUUGUCGGUUAGCGCAUUCAUUUGAUUUGUUGUUGUAGCCUCCCGCCCUUUCUUUAAAGCUAGGGUUGGUAAUGUUGAGAAACUAGCAAGAUUACACUAGAAAACAGCCCCAACGUGCCAACUCUUCUUCAAUGAAACUAGCUAGCAGCACUAGCUCCUAAAGUCGCUAAAUCUAGAUAGAAAGUCGUCUGACCCGUCCUUUCACUUCCCUUCAAAGCCACACCCCCAAAAUGAUCAAUGAUGGCUGUUAGUACUCCAAACUGUCAAGCUAGCAGCUUAUGGAAGACUGGUGACAGGCAAUGAGUGGACAGGCAUCUAGCACGUCUAACAGCCAUGGAUACCAGACCUUUUUUAGUUUUUUGUUGAUUUAUUGAUUGCUGUUGGGAUGCAAUAAGAAUUUCAACAAAUAUAACAAAGGUCUUCAAGAAGAUUAUCAACCCUAUCUUCAGUGAUAGUUGGAUAUUGAAUAUUGUUUCAACAAAGCGUCGGCUUCGGCUGCACAAUCUGAAUCUGAUUCUACAUAACUGCUUGGUUUGAUUUAGGACGGAGAUGCAUGGAUAUACUUCAGAUUUUUCCUGUUAUGUUAUCUGUGACAUUCCUAAAUAUAUGUUCGUUAACAAUAUUUAAUGUUAUGUUCUGUUGAACCCCCUCCAUGACGCCAGCCGGGCUCUGGGCAGUUACCCUGUGCUCAGAGAAUGUCCGACUUGAUGAGGAUCACACAAAUGCAUUAAUAACGUUGACUCUGUACAUGUAGAUCUAUGCUUCUUGAUCAAUGGGUCUCAUGCAAGUGAUUUAUGGGAACCUAUGGCAUUCACCAAGUUACUCGUAUUUGGAAUUCUUUCUGUGGUCCAGACCUGUCGCACGAGUCAUGAACUUUUUUGAUUUAAAAAAUUGUUAUGCCUUAAUCUGAAUGAAUUUGCAGUUUAAAUAUGAAACUGAAUACGAGAUCAAAUAAAAUAUUUAAGACAAA